UUUUAGUAAUAGAAAUAUAGGUCGGAGUUUGUGUAGUGAAAGAAGGUAAGGGUGAUACUAGUACGUGGUUUUAUACUAAUCUGGAGUUUAAUCCCUAAUCUGCUCCCUACUAAUGUCAAUAUACUCAUUCUCGCAUAUAUUUUCAAAUUAAAAGAGUAAAUGAGAUAACCACCGACAACUAAACUUAACCCUGGUUAACUUAACUAUCCAUUUCCAACAAUAAAACCUCAGCCAUCUUCUUCAUCCACUUCAGAUCUGAAGCUCCACACACACGACAAAAAUGGCGCACUACUCAUUCCCAGAACAAGUGUUGAAGCACCUCUUCUCCUUCUUAACCUCAGACAAGGACCGUAAUAGUGUAUCCUUGGUAUCUAAGUCGUGGUACGACGUCGAGAGGCGGUGUAGGACAAGUGUCUUCAUCGGAAACUGCUACGCCGUUAGCCCCCAAAUUAUGAUCAGACGCUUCCCUCAACUCACAUCUCUCAAACUCAAAGGAAAGCCACAUUUUGCCGACUUUAAUCUGGUUCCUGAGGGCUGGGGUGCAUAUCUUCAACCUUGGAUUGCUGCAAUGUCUCCCUCUUAUCCUUGGCUUGAGGAGAUUAGACUCAAGCGAAUGGUAGUCAGUGAUGAAUCAUUGGAGUUGAUUUCCACCUCAUUUCAGCAUUUCAAGGUAUUGGUCUUGUUGUCUUGUGAAGGGUUUACUACGGAUGGACUUGCUGCUAUUGCCGCUAACUGCAGGAAUCUGAGAGAACUAGAUUUGGGAGAAAGUGAAGUGGAGGACCUAAGUAGCGAUUGGCUCAGUCAUUUUCCUGAUGGUUGUACUUCACUGGUGUCACUUAACAUUUCUUGUUUGGGUUCUGAGAUCAGCUUCUCAGAUCUGGAGCGUCUGAUUGCUUGUUCUCCUAAUUUGAAGACGCUUCGGCUCAGUCAAGCUGUGCCCCUUGAGAAGCUUCCAGACCUAUUGUGUUAUGCAUCCCAAUUGGUUGAAUUUGGUACAGGUGCCUACUCUUCUGAGGUACGGUCUGACGUUUUCUCGAACCUCGAAGAAGCUUUUUCAGGCUGCAAGAGACUUGAAGGCUUGUCUGGAUUUUGGGAUGUCAUGCCAGCUUACCUUCCAGCUGUAUAUCCAGUUUGCUCCAGACUCACCUCAUUGAAUUUAAGCUAUGCUACUAUUCAAAACCCUGAUCUUAACAAGCUCAUAAGUCUGUGUCAUAAUUUGCAGAGAUUGUGGGUACUAGACUACAUUGAAGAUACCGGUCUCCAGGCGCUUGCCGCUUCCUGUAAGGACCUUCAAGAACUUAGGGUGUUUCCUUCUGAUCCCUUUGGUCCAGAACCAAAUGUUACCCUGACAGAGCAGGGCCUUGUAGCUGUCUCAGAUGGCUGUCCUAAGCUCCAAACAGUUUUAUAUUUCUGCCGCCAAAUGACAAAUGCCGCUUUGGUUACUAUUGCUAGAAACUGUCCUAACAUGAUUUGUUUUCGCUUGUGUGUUUUGGAACCUCGAACUCCCGAUUACUUGACUCUUGAACCGCUUGAUGCUGGUUUUGGGGCAAUUGUGGAACAAUGCAAAGAGUUGCGGCGACUUUCUCUUUCUGGCCUUCUUACUGACCGUGUGUUUGAGUACAUUGGGAUCCAUGCUAUAAAGUUAGAGAUGCUUUCCGUCGCUUUUGCUGGGGAUAGUGAUUUGGGCCUCCACCAUGUGCUCUCUGGAUGUGAGAGCCUCAGAAAACUAGAGAUCAGAGACUGCCCCUUUGGCGAUGAGGCUCUUUUGGCUAAUGCUGCAAAACUGGAGACAAUGAGAUCCCUUUGGAUGUCUUCUUGUUCAGUAAGUUUCGGAGCCUGUAAGCUGCUAAGUCAGAAGAUGCCUAGGCUUAAUAUUGAACUUAUAGAUGAGAUGGGUCGUCUUGACACGCAGACAGAAAGCUGCUCUGUUGAUAAACUUUACAUGUACCGAACAGUGGCUGGACCAAGGUUUGACAUGCCUGGUUUUGUUCGGAUAAUGAAUGAAGAUGCUGCACGUUAGCAAUGGGAAUUCACAUUAGCUUCUGCAAGGGUGAAGGACAAGCAUUCACCUUCAUGCUAUUAAUCCUUCUUGUUCGUUUAAUCAGGCCUUGUGUAGUAGGUUACCCGGAGUGACAGUCCCAAGUUCUAUACUUGUAUUAGUAUCCCAAUCCCAGUUAUCAACCCCCACGUGUUGCUAUGUAUCAUUGGGAAUACGAAUUACUACUAAGUACUCUGUUUUGGGGUAGGGGUGUGUGUUCAGCCAUGUACGUGCUAGCAAUUUGAAGACUUUGUGCAUCGUUAAGCAGAUUAUUUCAUUAUCUUAUCUUUUGA